AUGUCGUCUAUGCGAAACGCCGUCGCACGGCGCCCGCAUCGUGAGCGUGCCCAGCCUCUAGAGCGUCGCCGCCUCGGCUUGCUGGAAAAACACAAGGACUACUCUCUUAGAUCCAAAGACUUCAACAAGAAGAAAGCGCAACUCAAGUCGCUGCGGCAAAAAGCUGCGGAUCGAAACGAAGAUGAAUUCUACUUUGGCAUGAUGUCCCGCAAGGGAGCUGGGUCACGGAUCAAGGACGGCAAGAGCUGGACGGGAACACUUGAAGGAGACCGAGGCAAUAAGGCCAUGGACGUCGAUACCGUACGACUCCUCAAAACUCAGGACCUUGGCUAUAUUCGAACGAUGCGCCAGGUCGUCGUCAAGGAAAUUGCAAGACUAGAAGAGCAAGUCGUCUUAACGCGGGGGUUGGACCGUCUCGACCAUGACGAAGAUGAGGAAGAUGGUAUGGAUUCUGAAGACGACGACUUGCCCGUUCCGUCAAAGCCCAAAGCAGCGAGGAAAAUCGUCUUCAUGGAUGAUGAGGAGGAGAGAGAGGCAACCAUGCUUGACCGACUGGAGGCAGAGCAAGAUGAUGACGAGGAGUCUGGCGAAGACACUGCCGGUGCAGACAAAGACGACAGCGAAGAAUUCGAGCGCGCCAAGUCGCUGCGCAGACUGCAAAGACAGCUUGAGAAUGCGAAGAAGAAAUUGAAGGCGUUUAAUGAUGCAGAGGCGCAUCUCGAAGUACAGCAAGCAAAGAUGGCCAAGACUGCGACAUCAGGAGGGAACACACGGAGAGGAAGGAAGAUCAUGGUUCGCGCAAGGAAGCGCUAG